CGAGAGUUCCUCGUUCAAAAUUCAAGACACCACCCAUACCGUUUCCCCAACAAGUCAUACAGCAGAGCACCCCGAUGACAGACAACGUAGCAGAGCUUGCGGAAGCAACCAAAAAGAUGUCGCCAGACAGGUCAGGGUCAGCAAGUGAGAACGGAGAUGAAACAACAUCCACAAAGGACACGACGGAUACCGAUAGCGAUUAUGUAGUGGAAACAGCAACCUCGUCCGAUGAAACUAAGAGUGGCGACAACGACGAUGGUGACGAUGUCAAAAGUGAAGCCGAAGACGACACGAGGACGCAAGAAGAAAAAGACGAGGAAGCCAAGGAAAAGGAAGAGAAAGAGAAACAACGAAUCAAGGAGUUAGAAAUAAAAUACAAAGAUUGGCCACUUCACGAUAUCAAGGAACCGCACGAUCACGACGUCAUGUACGGAAGGGGGGGAGGAACCAAUCACCACCCCGGAAACAAACGGUAUCGAAAGAUGGUCGAGGAUCGCAAGGUCAAAUACGUAAAUAGCAAACGUCUCGACAAGCCUCUUGUGGCAUUAGAAAUAAUAAAAGAGUGGAGGGCGCAAUGGCCCCCCGGACGGUUUCUGAAGCAGGACGAGGCAACGGGGCUUUGGAACGACGUGGGCGAAAAGAAGGCGAGGGAAAAAACGAGCCAGGCGUUGAGAGAAAAGGCACCCCAGAUCCGAAAACAGCAAGAAGAAGAGAAAAACGAGGUACGCAGAAACAGAAUAUGAUUUAUUUGUUUGAAGAUUCUGCCCAUGUGCAAUGAAUAAUACAUUCAUCGCUGUUUUUGUUUCCGCACAUUUAUAGGAAUCUGCUUCCAACGGCGAUGCGAAUGCCGAAGGGACGGCGGCAAAAGGAAACAAAAAAGGUAAAGUGAAGAGACCAGAUAUUGUACGCAGAGAUCACACUUUCGGAAGAGAGUAUUUGGGUAAGGGCGAGAGCUUGGAUAUAGAAGGUUUCACUUGGGUCAAAGACAGCGGAGGGAGAGAKAUGUCUAUCGGAUCGCUAGGUUCUCUACCAGGCAUCGUUCUUCCUCCUGGAAGGAGUUCGAGCAGAGGAAGYAUCGGGCCACCGUUCGCGCAGCAACCACCUCCGGAUUACCACGGAAGAGUGGCUUCCGGGGAGCCGAGACGAGARUUCUCUACCAGUAGCAUUCAGAGCUGGGGUUCUUCGUCUUUUCAACAGUUUCCAGGCGCACCACCGCCRCCRCCACCAGGCGGUUUGAUGCAUCAGAGGUCCGGGAGCUUUACGUUCCCCGUUCCGCCUUCUCCCCGAGGUGCCCGCCAUCAACGAUCGGGGAGCUGGAACGCGGGAGGAUCUGGACGCGAGCAUUCAUUUUCUCUKAAUCCACUGCCCGGAGCAAUUGUCAACCGCCCAGCUCCUUCAGSUACCUUCGAUUCAAGAGGGUCUGGUUUCUGGAAUCAACCUCCGCCGCCGCCACCACUUGUAACUCACCCUGGGUUUGGGUAUCAGCAGAGUGGCGAUUCAAUGGGAACUAUGGGAGGACAUUAUCGGCAGGUUCCAUCACCCGCCAACAGCAAUACAUCUAGUCCACCUUUCAACACAAUGAAUAUCAACAGGAGCUGGUCAGAUGGAGGAGGACCACCUCCACCAAGAGAUUUUGGGCAUCCAAAUUACAAUCCAUAUCCACCACAAUACGAUCCGCAAGCAUAYACCGGUGCGGAUACGAGUCCAUCACGAGGACAACAAUCAAAUCAUAACGAUGCA